ACCUGCUGGAAAUCUCCACAGGCAUUAUAAAAUUCAGGUUUAUGACAGUUACUCCUCACAAGUCACAAACCACAGUAGAAUCUAGAUUACUCGCCAAUGGCAACUAUCCUCCAUUUCAUUUCUGCAGUUUUCUUUCUCACUCUCAUUGGCCAAGGGAAUGGGCAAUGCUACCCACUAACUGAUCUAAAAGUUUUCCAGUCUAAAACGGGAGGAAAAGUGGGAAACAAGGAGGAAUGGAAAGUGACAAUCUUUAAUGAUUGUAUAUGUACUCAAUGGAAUAUCAAAUUGGUCUGCAAUGGCUUUCAGACUGUAAAGAAAAUUGACCCAUCUAUGGUGGCCAGAGCAGAGGAUGAUACGUGUCGCAUUAACAAGAAACAGCCACUUUAUGGAUUUCAUACCUUCAAUUUCACUUAUGCUUGGGAUCAAAUAUAUCCUUUCCAGCCUAUUUACUCUGAGAUUGCUUGUUCUUAGUGUUGCUUUAUGUUUGUUAUAUCCUUUGUUUGAUUUAUGUAUAAAAUCACUGUAAUUUUGUACUUAAUUUUCUUAAAAAAUGGAUCCUUUUUUAAUCCUUUUAAUUA